GUGUUUGUGAGCACACGUUAGCGUCAGCCAUCUGCCGCAGUUGUCCAGCCGCAUCGCGUCGCCCCAGUAGCGCCAUAGCGGGAGUGGAAAAUGGUGGAUAGAACGAAAAGUCAAAAAUGAAACAUCUUAGCGAAAAUAAAUCUGGAUACAGAUACAGACAAUCUUCUUUGAGUGACACACCAUUUUGAUCCAUCACAACAACUGAGCUUGAUGAACUAUCAUCCUGAGGGGACUAAAACAUUUGUGAGUUCAGUCUUGCUACCAUAUCUGAAGGAGAGAUGCCAGUGGAAGCAGCAGCAGACAGCCCAGAAGUCCCCUGUCCCGUUCGGCGCAGCGGCAGACAGGCAAAACGCACAGACAAACUUGAGGAAUUCCUCUCCACUGCCAAAAGAGCUGCAAGGAGGAGUGCCCCUCCCAGUCUUGAAGGUGGUGAUCCUCCUUCUCAAACUCCAACUGAUGCUGAGACAGCCUCUGAGGCCAGCUUUGAUGGAAGCACUGAAGCAAAGGCAGAGUCUCCAGAGCGGAGGACAAGAAGUGGAACAAGGAAGCAGUAUACGAGAAAAACACAAGGAGCAAGGCAGACUAGGAGCAAAGGGGAAGUCAUGGCUAAAGACGAGGCCAGCUCUGGGAAUGAGGAGGAGAGCAAAGGAGAAGAGCCUUUGAAAAACCAGGUUGAGAACAAACUUGAAGCACCAGAAGUUGGUCCAACUAUUCCUGAUAACACUAAUGUUGUAGAACUACAGGCUGAGGCAGUCUGUGAGAAGGAGGAAGACAAAAAUUACAUGGAAACAGAAGAGACUGAAGAUGAAGAGCCUGAGAAGCCUGCAGUGUUGGUAAAACGUGGACCUAUACGAACAUAUAUCAAUAAAAAGAGAGCAGCCAGUAAGAACACUACUCCUGUUAAAAGCUCGACCCCUGUAAAUAAAGCUGCCACCACAAAAGACAACAACAAAACAAGAGCCACCACCACAGCCAAGCCCCAGAAAGAAGACCUGGAAGACACCUCCUCUACGUCAACCACAUCUUCUUCAGAUGAGUCGGACGAUGGAGGCUAUGACCCCAAUGCGCUCUACUGCAUCUGUCGGCAAAAACACAAUAAACGGUUUAUGAUCUGCUGCGACCGAUGUGAAGAAUGGUUCCACGGUGAUUGUGUUGGCAUCACUGAAGCCCGGGGGCGACUGAUGGAGAGAAAUGGAGAGGACUAUAUUUGCCCAAAUUGUACUGUCAAGAAAAACCAAGUUGUGAGACCAGCAACAUCUAUCCUGUCUACAAGCAGUGACAAACUAAAGGCUGAGACUGCGUCUCCUGCCCCUGUCGUAUCUCCUGAAAGGCCUGAGCCUACAAAGGACCCUGAGCGCAUUGAUCAGACUGGUCAGCCCGCACAACCCACUCCACUCUCAACACCCUCUACUGCUGAGGAGAAGGCCGUUGACGACCUGGGAAUCAAGGGGCGGAUCGAGAAGGCUUCUAAUCCCACAGGCAAAAAGAAAAUCAAGAUCUUUCAGCCGCAGGUAGUGCAGCAGGCAGCAGAACCAAAAGCGGAGAUGCCAGCCGCAGUAUCUAAAAUGGAGCACAAACCGCCAUCGGACACAGAGAAUAAAGUAGCUUCAAAUGUGGAAGUGGAUUCAACAGCGACUACAGAGGAGCAGGUGGUGAACAAAACGGAGGAUGCUGCCCCCAAAUGUAUAGGACCUGGCUGCGAAAAGAAUGCCCAGCCAGACUCUGUUUAUUGUGGAAAUGACUGCAUCCUGAGACAUGCUGCUGCUGCCAUGAAGUCUAUCACUGAGCCCAGUCAGAAGGACAAGACCAAGCCUCAGAAGUCGAAAACCAAGAGUGCCACUUACAGUAAGAAGCGGCGGAAGGUGGAUAGUGAUGAAGACUACAGCCCUGAUACAGAUGAGGAUGAUGAAGACGCACAUGCAGAGGAACAGCCACCACCUCCUUCCACGGCGUCCUGGUCCAGUGACCAUAAUUAUAUUGCUGUCACUCCAGAAAAGACUGCAUCUAUAUCAACAACAGUUUUAAACAAAAAGUCUCCACCAAAAGAAGAUAAGCUACCUGAGAAAGAACAGAAAGUGAAGGACGUGCAGCCGGCGCUCGAGACGCCUGCCACUGUUACUCCAGUUAAGCCAAAGAAGUCAUCCUCUCCUCCUCCUGCUAAGAUCUCAAAGGUCUCUCCUAAGGGCAAAAAGUCAAAUCGCGAAUCCAGUAGCUCUAAAGCCUCAAAGAAACCCACAACAACUCCAAGCAAAACCAAUGCCAAGUCCAAGAAACCAAGCUCUACUCAGUCCCCCUCGCAAUACCCGGCAGGUCCAAUCCAUGUUACUGGAGCUCUGAGAGUUACAAAGUCCAGCUUCACCAUCCCCAAGAAGCAACCACAACCAAAAGACAGCCAGCCCCCAAGUCAGUCAUCAUUAUCAUCAUCAUCCUCCAAGAGCUCCUCAUCUUCAAGUUCCUCCAGUCACCACCACCACUCCUCAUCUAGACACUCACAUUCAAGUUCACCUGCACCAGCCGCCUCCCCCAUGCCGCCUCCACCCAACAACCAGAUGAGACAGAAUAUACGCCGCUCACUGACAGACAUCUUGUAUAAGAGGGUGAGUGACAGUGAUGAUCUGAAAAUGACUGAGAGUGAAGUGGGAAAGCUUGCAUAUGCUAUUGAGAGGGAAAUGUUCAAUCUUUGUCUCAGCACUGACAGCAAGUACAAGAACAAAUAUAGGUCUCUCAUGUUGCAUCUGAAGGAUCCCAAAAACAAAGGCCUGUUUUACAGGGUUAUUGGAGGAGAGGUUACUCCUUUUCGACUUGUGAGACUAAGUUCAGAAGAGCUACUUUCUAAGGAGAUAUCAGAGUGGAGGAAGACGGAGGUAUCAGAGUCUCCCAGAUCUCAUUCUAAACACAGACAUGAAUCUCGCAACAUUGACAUGGAGGACGCUCCCCCUUCAUCAGAUGCAGAUGUAUGUAUGGCUGCAUCUACUUCAUCCUCUCGUUUGGCUUCUUCUGCAGAGCAAGAUGAGACAAGCACUGUACCACCGGGUUCCUCUGUAACUGCAGCUUCUGAGGGGAGCAGCAUGCCUGAUAUUUUUAGCAGUAUGCUUAAAGACACUACUUCAGAACACCGGACCCAUCUGUUUGACCUCAACUGUAAAAUUUGUACAGGUCAGAAAAAGGAAGAGGAGCUGUUGGCUAAGAAAGAAAAACAUGCUAAAAAAGAGAUAAAACCAUCAAAACAAGAGCAGACCUCUUCUAGGUCUGGAGAUGUCACAACUGCAUCCCAACCACAGCCUUACCAACAUCAGGAAGCCUACACCUACCAACCCACUCCCAUUGUGUCCUAUGAGCCAACUAACCUUGCCUACGAACCAACAAGUGUGGACCUUUCAAUGCAAGAACCGCAAUUACAGAUUUAUCAGGAAGAUCCGAAUCUCUUGGUGCCACCUCCAGUUGCUGCUCCUGUGACUCCUGCAGUCUCCUCUGUGACCAUUACCCGCAGAGAUCCACGUAUGGCCCGGCAUGGCUCCACUGGAACAGUUGCUUUUACAGUUCCAGAGAAACCGGCAAACAACUUGACAGAGCCACUCCCAGCUGCUCCAGUUUCUGCACCUGUGGAGCUGGGACCAAAAGUUCCAUUACCAAUGCCCCCUGCACCACCACCUGCAGUGGCUGUGACCAAAACAGUUAAAGCAAGUUCUGAGCCUCCACCCGAGGGUGAAACAGCAAUCUUCCUCCAUGGUCAAGAGAAAAUCUGGAAAGGAUUUAUGAACAUGCAAAAUGUUGCCAAGUUUGUGACCAAAGCUUACCUUGUGUCAGGAUCUUUUGAACAUCUUAAAGAGGAUUUACCUGACACCAUUCACAUAGGUGGAAGAAUAUCUCCUAAUACUGUGUGGGACUAUGUAGGGAAACUAAAAACAUCAUUGUCCAAGGAGCUCUGUUUAAUUCGUUUCCAUCCAGCCACAGAAGAAGAGGAGGUGGCCUAUGUCUCUCUUUAUUCAUAUUUUAGUAGUAGAAAGAGAUUUGGUGUGGUAGCCAACAAUAAUCGUCGAAUCAAAGACCUGUAUCUCAUCCCGCUUAGUUCUAAGGACCCAUUACCACCCAAACUACUGCCCUUUGAUGGCCCAGGCCUGGAGCCAGCACGUCCCAAUCUCCUCCUUGGACUUUUGAUCUGUCAGAAGGACAGGAAACGUGCAGGUGCUCCAGUUGAUACUGACGAAAAGAGAUCCAAAAUACAAAUCAAAGACACAGAUGACACUGGCUUACCGAAGCCGAUUCCAUUGGCAAAGGCAGAGAAAAGUUCACGAAAUUCCCUAGAAAUUCCUUUUAGCACAACUCCUCCAGGUUCACCUCCACCAGUUUCCUCUGAUGCCCCAAGCAGUACCAUUACCCCUUCCUCUGUUCUGUCCUUCCUGUCUUCUGUUCAAGCCUCUGCUGCAGCGGCGAGCACUGGUAAAGAGUCUCCAUCCUUAUCCGCUGCCAACCCUUCUGUGGCAUCAGCUACUCCCCUCCAGACAAUUCUCAACACGCUUUUUGGGAAGAAAAAGCAGGACUCUGAGGCUUCUAACUCUCCACCAGAUCAAGCUGGAGAGACAUCUGCUCCAUCUGUUAAUAUUUUAGAUCCCAUUGUUAAGCAGUUUGCAUUGUCUAAAGAGAAGGACUUAGUGGAGGAUGAAGAUGAUCGACCGUAUGAUCCGGAGGAAGAGUAUGACCCAAGCAAUGGUUACAAUGUACCAAAAAAUCCUGCCAGAAUAGAAGGAACAACUAAGGUAAAUUUGCAGCCUGACAUUGUAGCCAAUGAUGGUGAUGAUGUGGCUUAUGACCCAGAAGAUGAAUCAAUUUUCGACAAUGUCAAAACAAUUGUGCCUGAUCAAACUACAAUAGAAAUUGACUGUAAGAGUAAAGCACAAACAAUUUUGGAGAGCCUGAAACAGACAGGUCACCAGAUUCUGCAAAAGCAGGAACAACCAACAGAGGCACUAUUGGCUCAACCCACUAAAUCACUUUUAGCCAGUACUCACUUGCUUCAACUUGGUAAGAAAGUUGAAGAAUUGGUUAAGUCCACAUCAGUUUCUCCUUUAAUUAACCAGAAAAGAGAUCCCAGACAAAGAGGGGAUCCUCACCAGAUUGCAACAAUAAAGCAAGAGGAAGCACUUCAGGAUAAUGAAGUGGCUGAUGUCUCUGCAGCUUCAGAACCUAAAGCUUCAGAACCUAAGGCUCCAGCACCAAUGAUGUCUGAGGCCCCUGAAGCAGUGGAGUCCACUCAUGAACCAGACACAACACAGUCUGAGGAUGCUGUGAAAAGUGAGACACUCCCCUUCAUUAUGGAUUCAGUCAAAGACGAGGUGUCUAUUCCUUUGUUAGGAGAGGAAGUGGAAGCUGAUAUGGAGGUCAAUUACAUGGACGAGAGCAAAACUACAACUGAGCUACCAGAGCCUGACAAGUCUGAAACAGAAGCAGACAAAUUCAGUAUUUGGCCAAAUGCUGCCUCUAUUCUCAAAACAUCUAUGGAAGCAGAGUAUAGGGAAGACAAAGAUGAAAAGGAUUUCUAUAAUAAAUGUACAAACAGUUCCAUUAUGACAUCCACAAUUCCAGUGCUCACUCAGAGCUCCACCAUGGACAGCAAGCCCCAUCACAUGUCUCGUCACAUUCCUCCACCUGCCUAUGACAAUGAAUACAGGCCUCCACCUGACAUACCACCUCCGUCCAACUUUACACGAACAGACCCACUGCAGGGACAAAACCUUCUGAUGAGACCUCCACCCAUGACUAUGCCACCCCCCAUGCAAGGACCCCCUCCCAUGUCUGGUCCACUACCAAUGCAAGGACCCCCUCCCCCCAUUCACAUACCUCCUCCUGGCCACGGACCUUCUCCAGUGCAAGGGCCUACUGUCCAACCCUUUGGCCCACUACCUGGCACUUACUCAUCCUAUCCAAAUCAGUGGCCAGCCUCGCAGCCCCCUCCUCAACAGCUGCCCCCUGGUCCUCCUCAGAACAUGAUGCCAAAUCGAGGACCACCCCCUCCCUUCCCUCUUAUUGCCCAAAGAGGACCUCCUCCUCAGAUCUUUGACCCUUCACUUCGGCCACAACACGUGCCACCUGGUCCUCUCCCAGGUCUUCCUCCACCCUCUAAUUUUGACCCACAGAGCGGCAUCACACCACCUCGAUUCACUGGCCCACCACCACCUUUUAACUUGCCAGGUAACAGGGGUCCUCCACCACCAUUCACUGGACCUCCACCUGGACAUUUUGACAACCGGCUUACUCCUCCUUCUCACUUUUCUGCACCUAGGGGACCCCCUCCCUCUCAGUUUAGUGCCCAUGGAGGGCCACCACCCCCUAUUGCAGAGACAUUUAAAAAGGACAGUCCUUUCAAUGUUGAAUCACACCAGCCCCCAAAUACGGUCAGCAUGUACAAGGAUCAAGGCCCGUCACCAGGUUCUGGUUUUCGGGGGCCUCCACCCAGUCAAUAUGAGGACAGAAGAGGGCCCCCUCCAAGUGGAGACAUGAGUGGGCAACAUUUCAAUCCUCAUAACCAGUACAGCUCCAGACAUCGUUCACCUCCUCACAGGGGGUCUUUUGAAGAACACAGAGGUCCUCCACCUCAAGAAAGUCGUCCCCCCGGCACUCAGCCUUUUGCUGGUUCUGAGAGGUAUCGCUUUGACCGUCACUCAGAUGAGCCCAGACCCAUUCGCCACAGUGGUCCAUUGCUGCCUACACCUUCAGAUGAUCCCAGAUCUUCGCCAGGUCGCAUGGGAACCCACAGUCCUGAACUUCAUCGAGAAGACCACUGGCAUCGGCAGUCUCCUGAAAUGAGAAGGAGGAACUCCUCAAAUCGAGAAGAUUCACCCCAUAGCUUUGGUCGCUUUGAGGGAAGCCACAGAGAAUCUUCGUCUGGUACUCCACAGCUUCCUGAGGAGCUUCGACGAGAUAUACCAGAGGAUCGUAGACGGGACCGGGAAGGGCCACAUCCAGGAAGACUGCCCUGGGAUAGAAGUCAGACUAGGAGAUUUAGUCGGGAGCAGGAUUGGGAACGAGGGAGGGAAAGAGAAGGGGAGCGCAGUCGUGAGAGAGACCGCAGUCGUGAGAGGGACCGCAGCCGUGGAACUGAGGGUGAACGGCUGAGGGAACUGGAAGGGGAGAGACAUCGGGAGUCUGAAGCUGUGGACAAAAGAAGAGACAGGGACCGGGAGAGGGAGCGUGACAGGGGCAGAGAAAGAGAAUCUGACAGAAGAGAACAUGACCGGGACCGGGACCGGGACAGAAACCGUGACAGGGAUCGGGAUCGAGAACGGGAGCGCAGGCGGGACCGAUCUCGCAGCAGAGAGCGAGAUCGUGGGAAAGAACGCACCCGGGACAGAGAAAGGGGGAGAGACCGGGAUAGAGAUAGAGAGCGGCGAGACAGGAGUCGAAGCAGAGAAAAGAAAGAAGACAAAAAAGACUAUAAACAUGAUUCAUCCAGAGACAGUGAAAAGGCUGAGCAUGACAAAAAAUAAUGUUGGUUUUAUGCAAAUAAUGAACAUCUGUAUGUAAAACUGUAUUUGUAAAUCUUCAUUAUUUUGACAAAGGUUUUUGACAGUAUUUGUAUUUUCUUGGUUUAUACUUUUAAAGUGACAUUUCCUCAAAAUGCCUCCUAUUUCUUUGUGAUUGUCUUAUAGGCUUAACCAUGUUACUCCUGUCAAAAUAAAUUUUUAAUUAAACCAAUUAUGUAACUGAUCUCUAACACACAAUUUAAAGUGUAAAUAGAUGUCCAUGUGUAUAUACUGAUGUUUUUAAUAAGCUUUUCUAAGUAGAAAAAGUAAAAAGCCAUAUAUGUAAAAUGGGUAAUGUGAAGUUUAAACAACACUGUUCAGAACUGUGGGCAUCGCACGGUACAAUGUGUUUAUGUUGAGCAGCUUUGAAAUAAAAAAAGACUUCAACUGUCUGCAACGUUAAA